AUGUUAAAAGAUAUAAAGAAUGAAGUGCAGUCUUCCAAGCUUAGAAGUAAACGACCCAUCAACGAAGAUUGUUCGGUGGGAGCAUCCUUAAUGGAUAUAGAGAAUGGUCGGAUGGUUCCGAUUAAUCAGGAUUCAGAAUUUAUCAUUGGACGUGAUCUUACCUCUUCGAUCAUCAUCGAAGAGUCAUUCAUAUCUCGUCGUCACUGUUCUAUCAGAUAUGAAAAUAACCAUUAUUUCAUAUCUGAUUUACAGUCACGCUCAGGUACUUUCUUGAAUUGCAAAAGACUUUCAAGUAGUAAGACUAAUAUCAAACAAUUACAUCAUGGAGAUCUUAUUGGCUUCGGUGAUGAAAGAAAUAUUACUAUAACUUACAAAUUUAUCUUACCCAAUAUCUCUAACAAAAAACCAAGAUUAUACAAUGAACAUGAUUUAGAAGAUCAUACUGAAGACGAAACGUGUAAAAUGAACAUAAAAACCAUUCAAAAGGAAAUAUUGAAUAUAAAAGCUGACCAUAUAGUAUUACGCAAUAAUGCGAAAACUAAAUUAGAUGAAAUACAAAAUAUGAUGAGCAAUAUUGUGGAGAUUACAAGUAUAGAAAAUGAAAAACAAAACGAUGCGAUUCAAAAAAUGACAAACGAAAUUUCUACAUUAAUGGUGAAAUUAAAGGAAGCAUUAAAUGAUGUGAAUUCACCUAAUUCGUUCAAAAAACAAAUCUAUUCUCAGUUAGAAACUGAAUUACAAUGUACUAUUUGCAAUGAAUUAAUGUACAAGGCUAUGGUUCUAAAUUGCAAUCAUACUUUUUGUGAAAUUUGCAUUGAGACAUGGAAGAGUAGUAAUCCAGCGUGUCCUAUUUGCAGAACUCAUAUUACAUAUUAUUCUAACUGUUUGACUUUGGACAAUUAUAUUACCAACAUUUGCGAUUUGAUAGGUGGUGAAGUUAACGAUCAAAGACAGUCUUUACAAAGAGAAAACUUUAAUGUUUUAAGUAUAUUCCCUGGUAGGAUACUAGAAGUGAGUCGAAUUUGUGCUUUUCAGCCAAACAAUGCCUCAAAUGGAGAUUGUUUAAUACCAGAGUGA